AAGCAUGAACCUUCAUUGGUGAAGUGGUGUGUCAUCUAUUGUUUCUUGUGGCCCAAGUAAUUUAUCAAUAGGUGAUAUUGGAAGAUGGAUGGUCAUACACAAAAAUGGUUGGAAAAAGCGAAGCCAUUCAUAGGUGUGAUUUUCUUGCAGUUUGGAUUUGCCGGCAUGGAUGUUCUAUCCAAGGCUGCACUCAACAAGGGAAUGAGCAAUUAUGUUCUUGUUGUUUAUCGCCAUGUUGUUGCCUUCAUUGUCAUAACCCCUUUCGCAUUAGUCAUUGACAAGAAAGUGAGGCCAAAGAUGACAUUUUCAAUCUUUAUAAAGAUGGUGGCACUAAGCAUACUAGAGCCAGUUAUUGAUCAGAAUUUAUACUUUUUGGGAAUGAAAUACACAACAGCAACCUUUGCCGCUGCCAUGACCAAUAUGCUUCCUGCCAUUACCUUUGUCUUGGCCUGCAUUCUUAGGCUUGAGAAGGUGAAAAUAAGAAGUGUACGGAGUCAAGCAAAGGUGGUUGGGACUCUAGCAACUGUUUCAGGUGCCAUGGUUAUGACACUGCUUAAAGGCCCAGAGCUCUUCGGGGCCCAUGGAAGCAAUACCCAUAACCAGAAUAAUAAUGGGGUAAACCUUCAUGAUGUCAUUAAGGGUUCCAUCAUGAUCACUGUUGGCUGCUUUAGUUGGGCUUGUUUCAUGGUUCUUCAAUCUGUUACACUAGAAGCGUACCCUGCUGAGCUGUCACUUACAUCAUGGAUAUGCCUAUUGGGAACAAUUGAAGGUGGCUUAGUGGGCCUCAUUAUGGAAAGGGCUAAUCCUUCUGUAUGGACUCUACAUUGGGAUACAAAACUACUUGCUGCUGCCUACAGUGGCAUAUUUUGCUCUGGACUAGCCUAUUACAUUCAAGGAGUAGUCAUGAAAACUAGAGGUCCAGUCUUUGUAACAGCAUUUAGUCCUCUCUGUAUGGUCAUUGUUGCUAUCAUGGGCUCCAUUUUUCUCGCUGAGCAAAUGUUCCUUGGAAGGGUGGUUGGUGCCAUUGUGAUUAUUUUGGGGCUGUACAUGGUGGUUUGGGGCAAAAGCAAAGACUAUGACUCACCAAAUCCAAGUAUUGAAGAUAACAGUAAUGCCAAAAAUCAGUAUCUUACUCAAGAAGGCAUGAAUGGUAAGGAAAACAUAGCUAGAGAUGAACAAGUAUGAGACAAGAUUCCAACUCUAACCACAACAACUUUAUAUAGUCUCAUAGUUGUUUGGUCCUUCACACUAUGAUGUAUGAGUAGUUGAGGUUUAAUUUUUACUGUAAUAGUAAGGCUUCUUCAUAAGCCAAGCGAAGUACCUACAACAUGAACAUGGUGCAACUUUCAAUACAAAAUUAUAUUGAUGCUGA